AUGAACCCAAAUCACUUUCAGGUCUUUGAUCUUUCCCUGUUUGGCAAAUCACCCACAACUGACAUUUUGCUCCUCUCAAUUUCUAUCUCUCCCUUUCCUCCCUUGCCUUCUCUUACCUCUCCUACCUCUCCUAUCUUCAAGGUUGGGUACAUUUCGGAUGCUGCCAACUCCAAAUCGUGUGCCCAUUGUGCGAAGCAACAUAAGGUUUGCGAAUCUGUUCCCGAGGGUAUUGAGGGUAACCGUUUUGAGAUCUUGUCCCUUCUCGCCUGGCCCGAACACAUCUGGUUGACUUCUGAGGGUGAAUAUGGUGCUUUUCUUGAUCAGCGUGAUGGGGAUGGUGACCCUGUCGAGUUCGCCUUGCCUGAGGACCUAAUAAUGGCCGUUUUGGAGGCAGUUUGA